UACCCGUUGUCCCGCUCCUUCAAGGGUGCCGUCGUAACAAGCCCUGUAUCACUCUCUUGCCUUCCACAGUCCACUGCUCUGUCAUGGCGGCAAGGGCUUCAAGAAAAUUACUAAGAGACUUUUUGUUCAGAAGGGCAUGCACAACUCCUAUUGCAGGUGCACGACACUGUUCUUCUGCUGCAGAAACUGCUCCAAAGAUUCCUCAUUUUUCGAAGAAAGGGAGGUUGUUGACGGGAACCACCUUAGGCUUAGUUAUAGGCGGAGGAGCUUAUGUGAGCACUGUGGAUGAAGCAACUUUCUGUGGCUGGCUAUUCUCAGCUACAAAACUUGUGAAUCCAUUCUUCGCUCUUCUGGAUCCAGAGGUUGCUCACAGACUGGGUGUCUCAGCCGCAGCACGAGGUUGGGUUCCUAGAGAGAAGAGACCAGAUCCAUCAAAUUUAGGGCUAGACGUUUGGGGAAGGAAGUUCUCCAACCCUGUAGGUCUUGCUGCUGGAUUUGAUAAGAAUGCUGAGGCUGUUGAUGGUUUACUUGGUUUAGGCUUUGGCUUUGUAGAGAUUGGCUCUGUAACCCCCAUUCCCCAAGAGGGCAAUCCAAAGCCUCGUAUCUUCAGAUUGCGUGAGGAAGGAGCUAUCAUCAAUCGAUGUGGCUUUAAUAGUGAAGGAAUUGUUGCUGUUGCAAAGCGGUUGGGUGCUCAGCAUGGUAAGAGGAAGUUGGAUGAAACUACAAGCUCUUCAUCUUCUUCAGGUGAAGAAGUCAAACCUGGAGGCAAAGCUGGCCCUGGAAUACUAGGGGUGAAUCUUGGGAAGAAUAAGACAAGUGAAGAUGCUUCUGCAGAUUAUGUACAAGGGGUUCAUACAUUGUCCCAGUAUGCUGAUUACUUGGUGAUUAAUGUUUCAUCACCCAACACCCCUGGGUUACGUAUGCUUCAGGGAAGAAAGCAGUUAAAGGACCUUGUGAAAAGGGUUCAAGCUGCUCGUGAUGAAAUGCAAUGGGGUGAAGAGGGCCCUCCUCCAUUGCUCGUGAAAAUUGCUCCAGAUUUGUCUAAAGAAGACCUUGAAGAUAUUGCUGCAGUUGCCCUUGCCCUUCGCUUGGAUGGAUUGAUUAUAUCAAAUACAACUGUUUCACGGUCAGAUCCUGUUACUACAAACCCAGCAGCUUCUGAAGCUGGUGGCUUGAGUGGAAAGCCACUCUUUAAUAUGUCUACUAGUCUCUUAAAGGAGAUGUACAUUUUGACGAGGGGAAAGAUUCCUCUAAUAGGGUGUGGGGGCAUUAGCAGUGGUGAGGAUGCUUACAAAAAGAUACGAGCUGGAGCAAGUCUUGUUCAGCUUUAUACAGCAUUUGCCUAUGGGGGACCUGCUCUCAUCCCCAAGAUAAAGGCUGACUUGUCAAAGUGCUUAGAAAGGGAUGGUUUCAAGUUCGUUAGUGAAGCAGUUGGUGCAGAUUGCAGAGUGGCAACGCCAAAAGCAUAAACAAUAGAUAUGCGAUGAACUUAUUUGCAGAGCAAAUUUUUACAUUGCAUGGUGUAAAUUCUGGUUUUUAAACGGUCUUAUUUUUUGUACGGGAGUCGCUGAGGAAAUUUUUGUAGAGGCAUUAUUUGUAGUUUGUACCCGUAAACUUUAUACUGAAUACUAAAUUUAAUUGUAGGCAAUGGAAAAGAAAAUCUGCUGCCACUCCCGGAUAUGCAAGCUC